AUGCAAGCGGGCGCUGCGGCGCCAGCGCGGGGGCCUGCCCGCCGCCCGUCCGGCCAAUCGGGGCCCGCGCCGCGUGCGAUGUCAUCGGGGGAGGAGGCCGACCCGCGGGCGCCCUACUCCGAUAGACUGCUCAAGAAACAGAAGCGCGCCAGACAGCGCGUGGACGCCGGCGAGCCGCGCAAUCCCCACUCGACUCCCGCCACGAACGGACCCGCGCCCGCGCGCGCCGCACACAUGAGCGGCGGACUUUACGGCGCCAUCUUCGACGGCCGCCAGCACUUCGGCCUCUUCGGGCCCGGCUACGCGCCGGCGGAGAUGCUCAACGAGCUGCUGGGGCGCCCGCCCCGCCACGAGGACGCCGCCGACGAGCCGCCCGGCGGCGACAUCGCGCACCGUGUCCUCCGCGACAUACUGCAGAGCCGCAAGAAGGAGCUGCUCCGCCUCUCGCCCGACAACAACAACGUGCUGGCGGACAACAACAACGAGCCGAAGGGCAAGCGCUCGCCGGAGAGGCCCGCCUCGAGCGACUCCCGCGCCGACCUGGACGACGCGCUUCUCGCCCUCGAGGGCGUCGGCGACUCGCGCACUCCCCCGCCGACAACACAGUCCGAGCCCCUGCUGGCGCCGAAGCCCGAACCCGAGGACAGAGACAGCGACGCGCAGCGCGCCUCUCCGCGGCCUGCCGACGCGAAACGUGCCCGCGUCGAGAACAUCGUCUCCACGAUGCGCUCCAGCCCCGCGCCGCAGCAGCCACAGGUGAACGGCUGCAAGAAGCGCAAGCUCUACCACCCGCAGCAGCACGACGGCGCCGCGGAGCGCUACGGCGCGACCCACGCGAGCAGCGCGCACACCGUCUCCGACGACUCCGAGGACGAGGGCGAGCGGCCCAUCCAGCAGAAGCUGGUCGAGAAGAACGCGCUCAAGUCGCAGCUGAGAACGAUGCAGGAGCAACUCGCCGAGAUGCAGGAGAAGUACCUGCAGCUGUGCAAUCGCAUGGGCCAGGAGUCCGAGACGGUGGAUAACGAUGGCGCGUCCAGUGAUGUGGAACAGACCGAGGACCCGGUGCCGAAAUCGGAGCCCCCCUCGCCCGCGAAGGAUGUGCCGCCCCCAAUACCGAACAGUGUCGCCCCCAACAUGCUCACGCAAGUGAUGAACAAGAUGAUGUCCGCCAAGAUGCACGGGCAUGGUGGUCCGCAUCCCCACCUCCCUCCUAGUUUUAAUGGUGCCUUGCCUCUUAUUCCACACCUGCCGCCCAACGACCACAUGCACCCACCACAUCCGCAUCAGCAUCUCAACAACGCGGCGGCCAUGUACGCCAUCAACGUCGGUCAGAAGCUGUUCCUGGAACAGGAGGCGCGAAUGAAAGAGGCCGCCGAGCAGCACCAUCAGCAGCAGCAGCAACAACAGCAGCAACAGCAGCAGCACCAGCAGAAUGGCCAGCAGCAAAGACCGCAGUCGACCCAGCACUCGCCGCAGCAAAGGCAACUCGGGCAGACACCCAAGCCGCCGCUCUCCUCGGAGCUCGCCGAGAGGCUCGACGCGUUGCGCAGCAACGCGGGUUCAGUGGGUCCUGUGUCCGGUGCAGACCUGGAGGGCCUCGCGGAAGUGCUCAAGAACGAGAUCUCGGCGUCGCUGGCGACGCUCAUCGACUCGAUCGUGACGCGAUUCGUGCACCAGCGCCGCAUCAUGGGCAAGCAGUCGGAGGCGGCCGCAGCUGCAGCGGAGCAACUCAACAAGGACCUGAUGCGGGCGUCGCGGCUCAUCGAGAGGAAGUCGCCGACGCUGAAGCAGGAGCGCCCCUCCGCGCAGAUGUCGGGCAACGCGGCCGUGCACCACCCGGCGCCGAACGGCCUCCCCUUUAUGGGCCACGGGCUGAUGAUGGGCCAGAUGAGCGGGCCGCGGGCGGCGGGCGCGGCGUUCCCCCUGCACGGCGAGCCGAGCGGGCCCGGCCACGGCGCCCACCGGCCGCCCGCCGCUCUCUUCCAGACGCCGCCGAAGCUCGGCCUCUACGGGCCCAUGAACGGCCACUACGAGCGCGAGCCGAACCCCGAGCAGAACGAGGCGCUCAGCCUGGUCGUGACGCCGAAGAAGAAACGGCACAAGGUGACCGACACGCGGAUCACGCCGCGCACGGUGAGCCGCAUCCUCGGCGAGGGCGUCGGCCAGUCGCCGGAGUCGCCCUCGCCGCGGCCCUUCCCCGGCGGGAUGGCGCUGCCCACCUCCGUCGCGAUACCCAACCCCUCGCUGCACGAGAGCCAGGUGUUCUCGCCGUACUCGCCGUUCUUCGGGGCGGGUGGUGGUUUAGCGCGGUCGCCGCCUGCGCCGGAGCGCGACUCGCCCCCCCUGCCCCACCCGCCCGCGCUGCUGCACCCCGCCCUGCUGGCGCACCACGCGUCGCCCGACUACCUCCGCCACCACCACGGCCACGGCGCCCACAGCGCCGCCGGGCCCCACCACCCGCAGCACAUGGACGCACAGGACCCGCACUCCGACUGCAACUCCACCGACCUGCCUUACGACGGGGUGCAGCCUACUAUAUCCUUUUACAAUACACAUUAUCGGAGAAUCUCAGCAAGCCUCAUAAGUUCUUGCCACGUGAGUAGAGUUGGCUUACAGUUG